AUGUUUGGAUAUAAACUCUUCACUAUUGUAAGAGAAAAAACUGUUGUCAUCGUAGAACAAUUAGGAAAAUAUAACAGAACCUUGCAACCUGGAUUGAACAUCCUAAUUCCACUCAUUGACCGAGCAGCAUACACCUAAUCCCUAAAAGAAGAAAUCCUCCCAAUUGAAAAACAAUAAGUUAUAACAAAAGAUAACGUUGCCAUCCAUCUUGAUGGAAUUGCAUUCAUUCGUAUUAUCGAUCCAUUUAAAGCAUCCUAUUAAGUUAGUGAACCUUAAAAUGCAAUCAAAUUGUUGUGUCAAACCAUUCUCAGAUCAGAAAUUGGUAAAUUGAAAUUAGAUCAACUACUACAAGAACGUGCUGCCUUGAAUCGUGCACUGUAAAGUGGUCUAAGUAAAGCUGCAGCCGAGUGGGGAUACACUAGUUUGGGCGUUGAAAUACUACAAAUUGAAAUACCUGAAGAAAUCAGAGCUUCAAUGCAAGCCUAAGUCGUAGCUGAAAGAAAUAAAAGAAGAGAAAUCUUAGAAAGUGAAGGCAAAUAAAUUAGUGAAAUCAAUAUUGCUACAGGUGCAAAAACUGCUGCCAUCAAAAUUGCUGAAGGAGAUGCAGAAGCCGUUAGACUUGUUUCUCAAAAUGAAGCUAAAGCCUUGACUUAAAUUAGUGAAGCUCUAUAAGAAUAAUCUAAAAAAAGAGUCUUGGAUUAUAUUCUUUUAUAACAUUACUUAAAAGGAUACUCAAGCAUUUUGAAAUCAUCCAAGGUUGUAGUUGUCCCUAAAGCAAAAGAAGGAUAAGGAAAUGACUUUAUGAGUUUGGCUGCUAUGAUGAUGUUUAAUAAUUAAAAUUCUCCAGUCCAGAAAAUCAUCGAAGUUCCCUCUAAGCCAAGUGAUGGAAUUAGUAAUUCUUCAGUUUCAUAAUCAGAAAUAAGUAAAUUGACUUAAGACCAAUUGGAUAAUCUUAUUAAAAAGAAUGUUUAUUAUAAUGAUCCCAGGCUCUAUUCAGAUGAUGAAGAAAAAAGAACAUUUUGA